AUGAAAUUACCCACUGGAAGCGAGGCGCAGGAAGUCGUUGGGGACGAGUUCCACAUUACUAGACCCCAAGCUCUCACCAUCACCGCUAUGAUGGUGCUGAGCCUCAUGGCGGCGCUUGAUGGGUCUUUACUAGCGGUGGCAUUGCCGGUCAUCGCCAAUGACUUGCACGCCUCGGCCAUCCAAGGCUUCUGGGCCGGAACCUCAUAUCUCCUCUGUAGUGCCGUGUUCCAGCCCAUCUUCGGCUCUCUCUCGGAAGCCUUGGGCCGCAAAGCUCUGGUUCUGUUCGGGAUGGUGAUUUUUGCGCUUGGGGCGCUCGUCGCAGGAAUUGCGCACAAUGUCACUCAGCUCUUAGUAGGUCGGUCGCUGCAGGGGGUGGGCGGGGGUGGUUUGAUCACCCUCAGUAGCAUCAUCAUCGCGGAUUAUAUCCCAUUGAAAGCGCGAGGUCGGUAUCUCGGCAUGCUCAGCGCCGUGUGGGCUGUUGGAUCGGUGAUCGGGCCGGUGAUUGGGGGCUGCUUUGCAGAGAAAUCAACUUGGCGCUGGAUCUUUUACAUCAAUUUCCCCUUCAUCGGGAUUGGCGCUGCACUUCUGUUGGUCUUCUUUCCCCGGGCGUCGGCCUCAUGCCACCCCCGCGACUGGCGGGCUAAGCUCCGUGAGAUCGACCUGGUGGGCAUGGUCCUCUUCGCCGCCAGCACCAGCUCCUUUCUGAUCCCUCUGUCGUGGGGGGGCGUGAUGUACCGGUGGAGCUCCUGGCACACCUUACUCCCUCUAUGCCUUGGGGUGGGCGGGCUCCUCGCCUUCGGGGGCUAUGAGUAUCGGUGGGCACGACAGCCGGUGAUCCCACCGACCAUCUUCCGGGACCGAUCGACGAGCAUUGCAUUGGGGAGCUUUUUCUGUCUCGGCUUCCUCCUGUGGUGUGGCCUCUACUAUCUCUCACUCUACUACCAGAUCGUCAAGGGAUACACCCCGAUCGUCACCGGCGUGGCGCUGUUCCCUGCCACCCUGACGAUCGCGCCCGUGGCCGCUGUGACCGGGUUUGCCAUCGCAGCCACUGGUCGGAUCCGCUGGGCGAUCUGGGCCGGCUGGAUCCUUGCCACGGUGGGGUUCGGCUUACUCUGUCUCCUGCAGGUCGAGACCCCCAUCCCCGGGUGGGUGUUCAUCGAGAUGGUGUCCGGGAUAGGGCUGGGGAUGGUGGUGCUGGGCGCCGCCCUGGCCGUGCAGACCAGCAGCCCCCCGGAGCUCGUGCCUUUGGCCAUCAGCCUGGCCACCUUUUUCCGCAGCUUCGGCCAAUGCGUCGGCGUGGCGAUCGGGGGCGUGAUCUUUCAGAAUCGCGCCACCGCGCUCCUGGCCCGCCACCCCCAUCUGCGGGCGAUCGCGCAGCGAUACCGUCAGGAUCCGUUCGGUCUCAUCCCGGCGUUGGAGAGGGCGGACGCGGCCACGCGCGGGGAGGUGCGGUCGGUGUAUGCGGACAGUCUGCGCACGAUCUGGGCGAUGGGUUGCGCCCUCUCCGGCGUGGCGUUGAUGGCGAGUCUGUGGAUGAAGUCUCGGGCUUUGAGAUGA